AAUCCAGGACAUACAUCAAAUGAAAUGAAAUGAAACCCCAUAAAACAGAGAUCACUCCUUCUUCCUUUCCUGUCUUUCUCUCUCCAAAAAUAUCCUCAUCAAUGUCUUCUCCUUCUUCUACCUUUAAUGGCGGAAACGACAUUCACAAACCCUCCCGUCGCCGGCUACCCUCUUUCUCUUCUUCCUCCAGCUCUUCCUCUUCCAGUCUAGGAUCGGCAACAUCCUCAACUUCCCGCGACAAUUCCCCCUUCAGUCCUAGUCCACUGUUCCAUUUCUCAGGAAUGAUCCCCUUUUCAUGGGAAGAUUGUCCUGGAAUACCCAAAACACAACUCUACAACAAAAUCAACCAAGAUUUACACCCCUCUUUCAACCUCCUCCCACUCCCUCCCGCCGGAAAUACUACCGCCGCUCCGGCGAAAUCCAAGAAGAAGGCGGCCAUUUCCAGUAGGGAGAGUUUCAAAUGGGACCCGUUUCUUGCGGCGAUGGUGGAGUGCUCAAGGAACGAAGACAAUGAUCAUCAUGAUUGGAAGGGAUCAAAAGCGGUCACUAGAAGUUUAAGUGAUCGGUUUGGUUUCAUAGGUAUGUAUAAUUCUUGUAAGAGGACAUGCCCUGUUUCUGAGUCUAUUAUUUACGUCGCCAGGCCAGGCCCACAUUAAUAAAGCGACCGGCGAUCGAUCUCCGGCGACGACGGCGGUGGUGGUAAAGACACUUCAUGCGAUACUACUAGAUAAAUUAAGUUCAUCAUGUUCAUGUUCAUGUUUUAAUUUAGUUAGGGUUUCUCCAAAAAAAAAAAAACUCUUGGGCUUUCUAAGCCAUUUUCUUGUGUAAAAUGUCAUUUUUUAGAAUAUUAUAUACCAUCUUAUUAAUUUCUUGUUUUGUUACA